CGGCUUCAGAGCGACAAACGUGUGUUUUCUGCUCGCCACUCCACGGGCUUUCUGUGUGUGUUGGUUUUGUUUUCUUAGCCCUGAAACCUAUUGUGAUACCGUUACCAUACGUGUCUUUGUUGUAAAAUAAAUGCUAUGGGUUUAAAAUUCAAGGAGAGAUGAGUGGAGGUCACCCUACUAUAACACUUGGCUAGCUUAGGGCUCCUGAGUCGUCACCAUGUUCCCUACUAAAGUAAAGUCACCGCACAGGCUGCUGCACCUUAAGCACCCAUUUUGGUGCCCUCCUUCACUUGGAAAAGCAGCAUGCUCCAGACUGGUUUUGGGCAUUGAGACCAGCUGUGAUGACACAGGAGCUGCUGUCCUGGACGAGACAGGGCAAAUACUGGGAGAGUCUCUACACUCACAGAAAGAAGUCCACCUGAGGACCGGCGGCAUCAUCCCCACCGUGGCCCAGCAGCUCCACAGAGAACACAUAGAGCGUGUGGUCCAGCAGGCUUUGGAGAGGAGCGGCGUGGAGCCGAGCCGGCUCGCCGCUGUGGCCACCACCGUGAAGCCGGGCUUGGCCCUGAGCUUGGCCGUCGGCCUGCGAUUCAGUCAGACGUUUGCGAGGCAGCACAACAAGUCCUUCAUCCCCAUCCACCACAUGGAAGCCCACGCCCUGACCGUCAGGAUGCUUCAGCCCGUCGCCUUCCCCUUCCUGGUCCUGCUCGUCUCCGGCGGUCACUCGCUUCUCGCUGUGGCUCGAGGAGUCGAUGACUUCUUGCUUUUGGGUCACGCUCUGGAUGAAGCUCCGGGGGACACGCUGGAUAAAGUGGCAAGACGUCUGUCCCUCAUAAAACACCCUCAGUGCUCCACACUGAGUGGAGGACAAGCUAUAGAGCUUCUGGCAAAGGAUGGCGACAGGAUGAGGGUCCCCUUCAGGACACCCAUGGGACAAACGUAUGACUGCUGCUUUUCUUUCGCUGGACUGCGAAAUCAAAUAAACAUGUUGAUAAAGAAGAAGGAGGCAGAGGAAGGUAUAGAACAGGGGGAUCUGUUAUCAUGUGUGAAUGACAUCGCUGCUUCUACACAGCACACAGUUGCCUCUCACCUUGCAAAGCGAACACAUCGUGCCAUCUUGUUCUGUAAGGCCAACGGCCUGCUGCCAUCACACAGUCCCACCUUGGUUCUGUCUGGAGGAGUUGCGAGCAAUCAGUACAUCCGCAAGGCAUUGACCAUUAUCACCGACACAACGGGGCUACGCCUGCUCUGUCCUCCAGCCAAAUUCUGCACUGACAAUGGAGUGAUGAUUGCAUGGAACGGUGUUGAACGCCUGAGGGAAGGGAAGGGAAUACUUUCUCCAGAUGUGGACGUGUCCUAUGAGCCAAAGGCACAGCUGGGUGUGGACUUGACAGCGGAGGUGAAAGCAGCAGCUAUCCGGUUACCGUCAGUCAGGAUGAAAAUCCCCACAUGACAGACUGCUGACUCACAGUUCAGAGUAUAUACUAUGUUUAUACUAUGUAAUAGACCUGUUUUUCUACGUGCUGCAAAAAACUGUGGGCAUGGAAGGGUGUUUUUCAAAUGUUUAAAGAUUUGUCUUUACAUUUUUUGCUGUCUGCUUGCAUUUAUAUUUGUUGCAAAGAAAGCGUUUUAUUUUAUUCCAUGACAACUGAGCAACCUACUUUCUAAAAAGGAAACAAUUAUUCACCUUGCCAGUCCAAUCUGCCAUAGAAAUGAUAAUAAUUAUUGUCUCUUUUAUUACAAAAUAGGUCUCAUGAUGUACAGCUGUUGUGAUAUUCAGGAAGGCCCAUUCGAUACUGUCAAAUAACUCUCAUUCAGGCAAAUACUUGUGGGCAAACACCACUCUCUAGGGGUUAGUCUAUGUAAAUGCAUAUCAGCACACUGGAGAGGAAACGUUACAGUAAUUGAUCUUUUCGAAGACAAAUCCAAAUGAUUUUAUUGUGGAAACAUACACGUCAUACAUAAACAUAUGCAGAGAAAACAUCGACACAUGAACUUGCAUGUCAUGCAUGUUAGUGUGCCAUGUUUAAUAAACACCUCACACUAUCAA